GCAAGGAGAUCCAACAUGAACUUCAGUCAAACCGGGAAAACAGAACAUUCCAAUUUUUGCUAUGAGUCUGAAAAUAGUUCUUGCCUCAAGCUUGUUUAUCCAGGAACAACACGGAUUCCUCUGUAUGUUUUUUUUGUUGCCAUCAUUUUUCUCACCGUAUGUGGAAACCUUCUCGUUAUCGUCUCCAUUGCUCACUUCAAAAAGCUCCACACGCCAACCAACUACCUCGUCCUCUCUUUGGCAGUGGCUGACUUCCUGCUGGGAGCGGUCAUCAUGCCGCCUAGCAUGGUGCGCACGAUUGAGACCUGCUGGUACUUUGGAGACGUAUUCUGUAAAAUCCAUUCAAGUACUGAUGUCAUGCUGAGCACGGCGUCCAUUUUAAAUCUUUCAUUCAUUUCCAUCGAUCGAUAUUAUGCGGUUUGUCAGCCCCUCCACUACCAGACCAAGAUCACCACUUGCGCCACAGUGACCAUGAUAAUAGUCUGCUGGAGUGUUUCUGCCUUUGUUGGGUUUGGGAUGAUAUUUCUGGAACUGAACAUUUUGGGCAUUGAAGACUUUUAUUAUGAAAAUGUUGCCUGUGUAGGAGGCUGUGUUCUGUUCCAGACUCAGGCAUCAAGUUCAGUAUCUUCCAUUCUUUCUUUUUACAUCCCUGGGUUCAUUAUGCUGGUCAUAUAUCAGAAAAUCUUCCAUGUUGCACAGAAGCAAGCCCGUUCUAUUCACAGCAUUGCAUGUAACAAUGUGAACUCUGAAAAAAGCAAGAUGGAGCGAAAGGCUACAAAGACUCUGGCCAUUGUUAUGGGGGUAUUCCUGUCAUGCUGGUUACCAUUUUUUGUGUGUAACAUAAUUGAUCCAAUUAUUAAUUAUUCUGUCCCACCUCUUUUAUUUGACACACUUGUCUGGAUUGGCUAUUUCAAUUCAACAUUUAAUCCUAUUGUUUAUGCAUUUUUUUACAGUUGGUUUAGAAAAGCCUUCAAAAUGAUAAUUUUUGGCGAAAUAUUUCAAGCUUAUUCCUCAAGAACCAAAAUUCAGGCUGAAUCCUGAUUGUUACUGAUUGAUCUUGUGCAUUGAUCUUGUGCAUUUGUUUAUUUAUAAUAAUUUUCUUUCUGCAUCACGUUUAAGUUUCUACUUGCACUUGAG